GGCAACUAGUCGUUGCAACCUGGUAUCCUGAUCCCUUCUAAAUUUGAUCAUCAGCCACUCUUUCGAGCGCGUUGAUGAUCUCGGCUGGCUCACGUACCGUUGCUCACCAUGGUCUCUGCUCCGCCGCCUUCCUUGAGACCACUGCCCAGCAGAGAUGUGUCCAGUUCUAGUAUCGGCAAUAUGCCCCAGUCGCCCUCAACCACAUCAUCGGCGAGGGCGCUGAACCCUAUCUCAUCCAAGGUGACUACUGUUCUGUCAACAUCGUAUGCCGAUUCCGAAUUUCGGGAUGCCUUGCAAUUGCUCGACAGUCGCAACCUCAAGAAUACGCCCGAGACACGCCGUCAGUUACGGUUAGGCCUACAGAAGGAGGUGAUUGAUAGCAAUGGGGAGAUUGUCUCCCAGUUUGGCCGAGUCGCCGAUCAAUUGCGUCGCAUAGGGGCUACCCUGGACAAGUUAAAUCACAACUAUCAAGAUGUGAGGGGUCGGAUUACUGCAGUUCAGCAGGAGACGGGGCCUAUCCUGGAAGAGACUUCGUCGUUGAUGAAUCAGAGAGCAGACGUGGAAUCUAAACAGCAACUUCUCAAGACAUUGCGCAGUCACUUUAUCCUUUCUGAUGACGAGGUCGCCUCUCUGACAUCAACCGCCGAGCCUGUUGACGAUAAUUUCUUCGCUGCUCUUUACAAGGCAAAACGAGUCAGCCAGGACUGCGAGAUUCUACUCGGAUUUGAGAAGCAGACGCUGGGCCUGCAACUUAUGGAGCAGACGUCCAAAAAUCUCGGUCUUGCCUUCCAAAAGUUGUAUAAAUGGGUCCAGCGGGAAUUCAGAACACUGAACCUCGAGAACCCCCAGAUGAACUCAUCAAUUCGUCGCGCCAUUAGAGUUCUUGCAGAGCGGCCAUCGCUCUUCCAGAAUUGCCUAGACUUCUUUGCGGAAGCUAGAGAACGCAUACUGUCCGACGCUUUUCACGUCGCCUUGACAGGUACAACGGCCGCAGGUCUCGAAGAUCACUCGGUUAAGCCUAUCGAGAUGGCUGCUCACGAUCCGCUUCGUUACGUGGGCGACAUGCUCGCCUGGAUACACUCGGCCACUGUCAGUGAGAGAGAGGCUUUGGAAAUACUUUUCGUCUCGGAAGGCGACGAAAUUGCCAAGGGACUCCAGACGGGCCGGGCGAAUGAGCUCUGGCAGCUUCUUGGCGAAGGUGACGCUGAGACAGCACCCGACUUUGAUGCUCUCAAGGCGCUGAACGACCUUGUGGACCGAGAUGUCUCAGGGGCAACGAGAAUGCUGAGGCAGAGGGUCGAGCAGGUCAUUCAGUCCAACGAAGAGACUAUCCUCGCCUACAAGUUGGCCAACAUUCUUGGAUUCUACCGAUACACCUUUGCCAAACUUUUGGGCAGCGAAUGUGCGCUGUUAGAGCUUAUGACGGGACUUGAGUCUGGCGCAUUAAGGCAAUUCCGAUCGCUCAUGAGGGACCACAUCGCAACACUACAAGGCGAUUUUCAGCAGACGCCUUCGGACCUUGUGCCUCCAGACUUUUUGCUCGAAGCGCUGAAGCAGCUUACUGCAGUCAUGAAAACCUACGAGAUUUCGCUGGCGUCGUCAUCGGACCGCGAGACCGACUUCCAACCAAUACUUGCAGAGGCCUUUGAGCCUUUCUUGGCAGGUUGCGAAAAUAUGGCCAAAGGUGUGAGGCAACCGGCUGGCGCCAUCUUCAUAACCAACUGCUUGCUUGCAGCAAAGCAUGCCCUGGAGCCUUUCGACUUUACUCAAAGAAGAACACAGCGGCUGGAAGAGAGGGUUGGAGAGGAGAGCAAGAAGCUCACGGAAGAGCAAUACCAGUUCUUCCGUCGUGGUUCUGGUCUGGCGCAGAUUCUUGAAUCCUUGAGCAAUCUUACGACGGACGCCAGCGAUGUGAAGAAGGUAGCGUCGCUUGAGGAGGUACAGCCGCCAGCUCUGAGUCGAGCCAGCCAGUCUCUCGACGACUUCUUGCCAUCGGCGCUGAUGGACGCCAUGGAGAAUGUUAAGCGUCUGCAAGAUUCAAGUCUGGCGCGAGAACUCACCGAGAAGGCUGCGGAAAGAUUCUGCGACGAGUUUGAGCACGUCGAGCAGAUGUUGCUCUUGGCGGACGAGCUGUCAGCCGGUGACGGUGCGUCAGCUGAUGAGGGCGACGAGCCUCCGUUGCUGCGAGACCUAUUCCCUCGGACCACGGGGGAGAUCAAGGUCCUCUUGUCUUGA